AUGUCGAAGCUGUACCUACUUCCAAUCUCAGUGUUUUUGCUGUUUAAUUUUACCUUCAUCGGCACGUACAUCGCUGCAGUGCUACAGGGUCAUGUCGUACCGACCGUGCCGUACAUCAGUGAUGCGGCAACCUAUUCACCCGAAAGCUGCGUAUUUGGGCAGUUUAUCAACAUUGGAUGUGUACUGCUCGGUAUCACGAUUUACGUGCGCUACCGACAGAUACAGGAACUAUCGUACCGGCACAGUGACGUCAGGCAGGCUUUAGGUCGAUGCAGCAGUGUCGGGUUCUGGAUCGGUAUCGGUUCCUGUCUUGGCAUCAGCAUCGUCGGCAACUUCCAGGAGACAAACGUACGGAUCGCUCACUAUGUGGGCGCGUUCCUGAGCUUCGGGCUCGGCACGGUAUACUUCUGGAUACAGUCGUACAUCUCCUACUACAUCCAGCCGUACAUGGGCACAAUGCAGAAAGCGAACCUCCGGAUGGCCCUGUCGGUCGUGUGUACCAUUUUCUUCAUGAUUGUCGCCGUGACGGGCGUCAUCUCGCAUAUCCUGUUCCGUGGUACGGAUCCGCGCAAAUGGUACCCAUCGGACGGUGGCUGGGAGUAUCAUGUGGCCAGCUCCAUCUCUGAAUGGAUAGUGGCGACCGCUUUCUGCUUCUACGUGCUCACGUUUACGGACGAGUUCCGUACAAUGCAGUUCGACCAUCCGCCGCUGAUACUGCUGGAAAUUGAUUCAUCCCGAUCGUACGAACCGGUGAUUAGUGAUACACCGGUGGCCGUUAUCUCGUGA